CGUGCCAGCGGCUCCCGUCGAGGUAAGAAGAGGAGCGUGUGUAGUAGUAGUUUGUUGCGCGAUGGCUCCAACGAAAAACCACUGCAGCUAGCGCCGGGGCGACGGCAGCGGCGGCCGCCGAGGAGGGCGGUGGUGCGGGCAAAUCUGAACCCAGCUAACCAAUAGUACAACGAGUACUAGCCCACUACUACUAGUAGGUCCCGGGAGGAAAAGAAGGGGCCUACUUGGAAGAGUAAACAGCCGCUCUCCCCGAGAUCCAAACCCCCGCACCCGCGACGCCGGCGACGGAGGGAGGAGGCGAUGCACGGGCGGCCGCGGCGCCCGGCCAAGCCUGAGGACGAGGAGGCGGCGUCAGCGAAAGCCGCCAAGCUCCGGGACCUCCAGGCCCAGGUCCUGCACAACCACCAUGCCCGCACGUACACCAAGGAGGCGAUUGGGCUGAGCUUCAAGCUGCUUGAGAUAAAUCCAGAGGCCUACACCGCAUGGAACUACCGGAAGCUUGCGUUUCAGCACAAUGUCAAGGAGCUUUCUGACCCAGAGGCCAUCAAGUCUGCUGUUGAUGAUGAGCUGAGAGUGGUUGAGGUUGCUUUAAGGCAGAACCCAAAGUCUUAUGGGGCUUGGUAUCACCGGAAGUGGUUGCUAAGCCAAAAGCUAGCGCCUGUGGAUUUCAAACGUGAGUUUGGCCUCUUGGAUAAAUUGUUGAAGAUGGACGCCAGGAAUUUCCAUGGAUGGAAUUACCGUAGGUUCCUUGCAAGAUUCAUGGGCGUGCCAGAUGAGGAGGAGCUAAAGUAUACGAUGGAUAAAAUCAGUGACAAUUUCAGUAAUUACUCAGCAUGGCAUAAUCGUAGUAUACUUCUGUCCAACCUACUAAUCCAGCAGAGCAAAGGUUUUGAGUCAAAGCAGAAGAUUUUUUCCGAGGAGUUUGAACUUGUUACUCAAGCUCUUUUUACAGAUCCAAGUGACCAAAGUGGAUGGUUCUAUCACCUCUGGCUUUUAGCUCAAACGUCUAGUCCAGAUAACCCCCAGCUGAUUGCUUCAUGGCCUUCUAAUGCUGCAAAAGGCAGUGCCCCUUUGAUCAAGGAAAAGGUUGAGCAGCACACACUAUCAUCCAUCUGGUCAAGGACUGUACCCAUUGUUCUUUAUUUUAAUGAUCCUGUCAAAGGAUUAAAUCAAUCAAGUGUUAACUUAAAGUCUGAUUUGGAAUUCAGUGAUGAUAUUCAAUGGAGGCCCCUCACAAUGGCAGACUCUGGGUAUUCUAACUGUUGGGCCACAUAUCUCCAAAUUACAAAUGAAUGUAGCGGUUUACAGGAAUAUUCUGUUGAAGUGAGCAUACCCUGCUCAGAUGACAUUGUGUCUAGAAGUGGCUCUAACUACAAUUGUCCUGUGCAUUUUACAUUUAACAUUCAACUGAUCAGCAACGACGCAGCCCAGGGUUUAGAUAUGUUUCAUAAGCCAGUUGCCUGGAAUUGCUCAGAGUCAUUCCAGUCUCAUGGAAACCGUGAUCCUAUCCCUUUUGAUCUGCUAAACAUUACUAGUGCCUUGGUUGAACAGGACUCAAAUUGGCAUUUUGAAAGACUAUCUGAGGAAAUAGAUCUUUUCAGAGAGUUACCUGAUGACAAUAGCAAGUUUGGGAAGUUGACAUUAGCCCGGCUAUUGCUUGCUUGUGCUGCUGUAAAAUCCCGUGGAAGAUCUCUAAUUGAAAGGAAGGGAUACUGUGAAGAGGCACUGGGGCUCUUCACUGACUUGAUUCACCUGGAUCCAUCUCAUAAGCAGUACUAUGAGGAUGAACGGAGCUUAGUCCUGAUGGAUAAGUUAACAUGUGACAUGGAGACUUUCAUGAAGCACUGUUCAGUUCAGCUUCAACCAAAUUCAGCUCCCCUGAAUCAUGUGCAACUUUGCAGAUUGUCUUUAACACGCAUUGGAUUUGUUGAGCGCUUGUUGUGGGUUCAAAUGCUGGAUCUAAGCCAUAAUAGUCUUAGAUCAGUCGAAGGUUUGGAGGCUUUGCAGCACCUUGUGUUCUUGAAUAUCAGCAACAAUCAGAUCAGUAGUUUCACAGCACUUGAACCCCUUACGAAGAUAAUCUCAUUGAAAGUUCUGGAUUUAUCCUUCAACAAGAUUGGAGCUCACUCAAUUGACACAACACGGUAUAUCUGCUCAUCUCCAUUCUCGCACAAAAUCGAAGCAAGUGAAGCUUUUGAAGAGUAUCAGAAGGUAAAUAUCAACGUGGAGGAAUACUGGGACACCAUACUGUUCUUCAGAUCUCUGAAGUUGGCACAGCUUGAUAUCAAAGGAAAUGAAGUUGCCAGCAAGGAGAACUUCAGAAGUCUUGUCGUGACGCUCAUUCCUUGUCUAAAAUGGUUUGAUGGUGAAGGUGUGAAUUAAUUGACAGCUGUCACUAAAGAGUUGUGCAAAUUUGGGUAGUGCCAAGGCUCACGCUGUAAACUAGAUUUUGCUAGAAGUCAUUGAUUUGCUUCAUAUGUACUGCUAUAUUUGCUUAAGCGAAUCUGAGACCUGAACAUGAUGUUACAGAGUUCUGAAUUUUCAGAAUUGAACUGUCAUAGAUCAUACAAAAAAAUGAUUGUUAUCUAAGUACAAGUUUGUUACUU